UGUAGCUACAACGUAGGAACAAGAUGAAGGGAAAAAGUUAGCAAUUUGAUUUAUUAAUGUAAAACCAAAAAUGCAGAAGUGCUCCAAAUAUUGAAGGAAGGUUCUAGUAUCUAUGCUAGAAGAAAUCAAUUUCAUGAAGAUGAUGCAGGCAACAGAUAUACAGAAAUGUUGUACAAACCUUCUCCAAAUAUUUCAAAAAUUAAUUAAUGUCUCAAGGAAACUGAGAGAACAGAUCCUAUCAGCAAUGUGUCCUGAACACAUUGUUUCACUUUUCAGGCCCCUUUUUGAUAAUAGUGAGUGUGUUGAAGGAAAAAUUGUUUUCAAAGAAGAAAUUGUUUCCCUGUUUGUUGAGGCUUUGCUACUGAUGUCUAAAUUGGCACCACAUAAUUGCAUGUGGCAAGAGGCAUAUUCAGGCAUGCUGGAUCACGUAGUUCUUCAGAGAUUACUUGCUAUGGCAUUAUAUAUAGCACCUGAAUCAGUCAAAACACAAGUUCUCUCACUUGUUCAUAAUACCUACUUCCCUGAAAAAAGUCUGAACACUCUCUCAAGAUCACUGUUUGAUCUUGAACCUAUGUUGCUACAGCCACAGAACGCUGAGCUAAGGCCUACCAGUUCCUUCAGGAGGCAACAAGACAUGAUUUUUCUUUUCACUCCAGCUCAGGAACAGCAUCUUAAUGACAUUGUAUCGAGGCUUGAAGAGGCACUCAAAAAUGGUCAGCACCUGUUAUUGUGAGGAUAUAUAAGGACCCAAUUUUUGGUCAUGAGUCAGUCAGUCCAUGGACGAGUUUCAGACAAGUAACCUGUGUUGGUUAGAACGACAACAAUGCAGCGACUUAACAGUGAAAUAAGUGUUAAACAAAUAGGCCAUGUGUAAAAACGAUGACAUUGUCUGUUUCCAUGCAUACCUGUUUAUUCUUCGAGAACUGUGAAUU